AACUUUCUUAUUCGGGGUUCUUGGUUUUUUGGCGCUAGUCUUUAAGUAUAACUGAGUUUGGAAUUUAGAUAGGUUUUUCUGUUUCUUGGCCUGAGUUGUUAAGGAUUGUGGGUAGUGAUUAUACUUGACAAAGUUUUGAUUUUGAUAACUUUCUUGGGUUGUUAAGCAUUGUGGGUUGUGAUUAUAUUUGACAAAGUACUGAUUUUGAUAGCUUUCUUGGGUUUAAUUUUGAUUUUGAUAGCUUUCUUGGGUUGUUAAGCAUCGUGGGUAGUGAUUAUAUUUGACAAAGUUCUGAUUUUGAUAGCUUUCUUGAGUUGUUAAGCAUUGUGGGUAGUGAUUAUAUUUAACCAAGUUCUGAUUUUGAUAGCUUUCUUGGGUUGUUAUGCGUAUCCUGAUGCGUGAACAUUUGCUAUUUUUCUUUUUGGAGAAAGAAUUACUCGGAUUUUUCCUUGACAUUGAUGGUUCCUAUUUCUCUUUGAGGCACCAUAUGAUGGGACUGGUUUUUUGUGUUGCUACUCUUUCUAUCUGUGAAAGAGAAGCUUUUGAUUUCCUUUUUAUUCUUGCUAAUAGGUAGCUUUAUUAAUGUUAUUGGUAAGAUAUUUUGACACAUUUUAUUUUAGUGGUCACAUAUUUCUUAUUCUUAGUUUUCAAUUGCUACUUGUUGUCUUUUCUACUUUAGUCUUCUUGCUACUCUGAUGUUGUUUUUGUGUUACUUGAGCCGAGCCGAGGGUCUAUUGGAAACAACCUCUCUACCUGCCAAGGUAGAGGUAAGGUCUGCGUAGAGGGAGACCCACUUGUGGGAUCACAUUGGCUAAGGAGUGCUCCUUUCCUUUGCAAAGCAGCAACUAACUUCACUCAUAGUCGGGAUGAAAGGCAAGAGGUGGAAAAAGAAGGGGAAAAGUUUCAAUCAAUUAAAUAAAAAGAUACUUUUGAAGAAAAAGGAGGAGGCUGCAAAGGUUAAGCCAAGUAAUGUGAUACAUCAAGCUUUUCUCCCUAUUAUUGACUCAGCAGGAGUCUCAGCUCCUGCUGCUUCUCCAGCUCCUGCUUCUAGUCUUGGUAGAUCUGCCUCACAAGAUAAAGAGAAAGACAAGGAAGCUUUCAAGGACCUUUCUGGUUUUAUAUUUUUGUGCAGUGCAGGGACAAAACUCGAUUGUUUCACAUAUCGUGUUUUUGGGCUUCGUGCAAGUAAAAAGGAAACUGUAGAAAAGAUUAAACCUGGAACAAAGCUCUUCCUGUUUGAUGUUGAUAUGAAGCUCUUGUAUGGUGUGUAUGAGGCAACAUCCACUGGAAAAUUAGACUUGGAACCACAUGCUUUUGGAGGCAAAUUUCGAGCACAGGUGAAAUAUCACAAAUUUAAGGAAUGUCUUCCCCUGCGAGAAUCUUCUCUGAGAGACGCCAUAAAGGACAAUUAUCAUGGCAGAAAGUUUGAACCCGAACUAAAUGGUCAUCAGGUGAGGAAUCUAUUAUCCCUGUUUCGUCCCCUGCCUGCAUUAGCAACAGCAGCAGCUGUAUCCCAUCCACUAGCAAAAGAGGGCCCGUCAUUGGCUAAUGUUGGCGUGCCAAAGAUUAUGCCUGCCUUGGCUGUGGAAGAUCAGGUUAAGUUGCUGCCAUAUCCUCAGGAAGUGGUUCCAUCCAUGGCCAAUGUUGGCCCACCAAAUAAUAAUCCUGCUUUUGCUAAGGAUGUCCUUUCUGGUUUUAUAUUUUUGUGCUGUGGAAAUACAAAACCUGAUUGUUACAGAUUCCGUGUUUUUGGGCUUCCAUUAAACAGAAAGGAAAAGAUAAAAAAGAUUAAGCCAGGAACAAAGCUUUUCCUGUUUGAUUUCGAGUUGAAGCUUCUGUAUGGUGUAUAUGAAGCAACAUCCACUGGAAUAAUAGACUUGGAACCACUUGCUUUUGCAGGCAAAUUUCCAGUACAGGUGAAAUUUCGAAUUUUUAAGGAGUGUCUUCCCCUGCCAGAAGCUUCUUUCAGACACUCUAUAAAGGACUUUUGGCGCCACACCAAGUUUGAACCAGAACUAAAUGAUCAACAGGUGAGGGACUUGUUAUCUUUAUUUCAUCCCCUGCCAACAUCAGCAACAGCGGCACCCCAUCCACUGGCUAAAGUGGGCCAGUCUUUUGCUAAUGUUGACAUGCCAAAGAUUAUGCCCGCCUUGGCUAUGGAAGAUCAGGCUAAGGUGCUGUCUUAUCCCCAGCCAAAAGUGGGUUCGUCAUUGGCCAAUGUUCCACCGCCAAAUACAAUUCCUGCUUUGGAUAUGGUUAAGAAUUCCUCGAUGCCCACUUCUGCAGAGGAUCCAUACAUGGCCAGAAUACAGCACGUUCAUCCUCCACCGAUUGUGGAGUAUCAACAAGUCUAUGAACUCCAAAGUGCUCAGCAUGGGUGGCUUAGAACCACGAACUUCGUGGAGACUGCUCUUACAGUUACGGAGCAUAAACAAUUGACUGCUCCCAGUCAUGCAUAUUCUCAUCAACCAUAUGUCACUCAAGGCAUUUCCCCCGAUAUACAGAACCCAUAUCUCAGGUAUAAUUCAGCACAAGACGUGGUCCCGUCACAGCAGUAUCUCAUGGGGCUAAAUGACAGGAAUUACCAAUCGUAUUCGCAGGUAGAGCAAGGAAUGCUGCAACCACAGGAGAGUAUUGUCACACACAACUACUACUCUGGCCCUUCAGCUCCUUACGUUCCUCCUCCAUUUCCGCAGCAAUAUGCUUCCGAAGCUGUAAUACACACAACUACACACGACUACUACUCUGGCCCUUCAGCUUCUUAUGUCCCCCCUCCAGUUCCGCAGCAGUAUGCUUCAGAAGCUGUAAUACACACAAGUACACACGACUACUGCUCUGGCCCUUCAGCUCCUUACGUUCCUCCUCUAGUUCCGCAGCAAUAUGCUUCAGAAGCUGUAAUACAAGAAAGGACUUCUUCCAUGUCAUUCGAGUAUUCAGUUGUAAGGCGUCUUGGGUAGACUUUUGAUGAUCGGGUUGUUAAUGGAAUGAUAGAAAUGUAAAAAAACAUGUUACAUGCUAACCGAAGACAUCUGUUGUCCCCUGGAGGCAAAUGUAGAUUCGUUUUAGGAAGCAAGUUCUGUGUCUAAAUCUAAGCUAAUCUUAUCUAAUUUUGGUUACUAGUGGUAAAAUUAGGAUCUUUUGGUGUCAUUUGAGGCUGGUGUUGUUAAA